CGUAUCCUGCUAACCCAGUGACACCGUCUGCUCGCUCAUAUAAACAACAGCAGUUUUUCUAUGCAUUUAACAGAUUCAUUAAACCUUUAACGAAAGGAUUUCAUUUCACAAUGGUGCAGCCGGCAGAGAAAGCGUAUUAUCGCUUUGUUGUGCUGUUUUUUAACUGCCUGCUGACAUUCGGCUCUUACUUCUGCUUUGACAUGCCGAGUGUGUUGCAGGAUCAAUUCCAAGGGAAUCUCACCUGCCCCAACGUGACUGUAAUCAAUGGAACGGUGGACUGUGUGCCGGGACUGGGGAUGACCCCUCAGCAAUACAACCUUCUUUAUGCCAUUUAUGCUUGGACGAACGCAAUAGUUGUGAUUUUAGCAGGAUUCCUGAUUGAUAAGUUGGGAAAUCGCUUUGGGGUGUUUCUGUUCUCUUUUCUCUGUGUUUUGGGCUCUUCCCUUUUUGCGCUGGGUUCCCACUUCAAAGGAACCCCUUACCUGCUUCCUAUCAUGCUCACUGGCCGUCUGCUGUUUGGAUCAGGGAAUGGAUCUCUGACCAUUGUUCAGAACCGCAUCACGGCCUUUUGGUUCAAAGGGAAGGAGCUGGCUCUGGCCUUCGGCCUGACUCUGGCCUUUUCUCGCCUGGGGUCAGUCCUGAACUUCUUUCUCACUGAGAAGUUUGAGGAUAAAUUUGGGAUGGAGUGGACCCUGUGGGGUGGAGCUCUUUUGUGUGUUUUGGGUUUCAGCUCUGCUAUAAUAGUGAGCGCUAUGGACAAGGUGGGAAUGAAGCAGCUGGGUCUAGAGGGAACAAUGCAGGAGGCAUCUCGAAAAGUGCGAAUUCAGGAUGUCAAGCUUCUGUCUCUGAGAUAUUGGCUGUUGGUUCUCACCAUCAUGUUUUUUUACAAUGGCAUCUUCCCCUUUAUCGCAGAUGCCAGUAAAUUCAUUCAGGAUAAAUAUGGGAACUACAGUCAGAAGGAGGCGGCGUACGUGGCGGGAGCGGUUUACGACAGCUCUCUGGUCCUCUCGGCCAGUGUGGGCAUACUUAUUGACUAUGUGGGCCUGCGCGGGAUCUUCGCGCUGACCUGUGCCGUCCUCACACUGCCUGUGUUUGGACUCCUGGCCUUCACCUUCGUCCCUCCUCUGGUUUCUACCAUAUGGCUAGGGGUUACAUAUUCCUUUGCUGCUGCUAGCAUGUGGCCUUCCAUCCCCCUUGUUGUACCUCAGGCCACUCUGGGGACAGCCAUGGGCCUGGCCACCUCCAUACAGAUGGUUGGCAUCGGGUUGUCUAACCUUGUUGUGGGACAAAUAUUGGGAACUCAAACCAGUGAAGCGAGGAUCCCACUGUGGCGCUGGAGGAGGAUGAUGAUCUUCAUGCUGGCUAAUACCGUCAGCUGCAUCGUGACCUCUGUGCUGCUCAACAUCGUUGAUUACAAACAGGGAGGAACUUUGAACAAAACCACCAAGAGGUCACAGCAGGAAGAGAGGAACUCUGAACGAGAGCCUCUCAUCAAAGCAGAGGAAGAGCAAAAUGAAGAUGAUGGUGCUGUCAAUUCUUCUAUCAAUUCAUAAGUUGAUUUUUAAUUGAUCCCUUUUAAAAUUUGCCUUAAGUCUUAAAAUCCAAUCUGAUUAUUAUGUUUUCUAUAUUGUCUUUUUUUUUCUUCUGAAUUUUGCUCCAUGAACACAACCAGCAGCCUUUUCGAAAGGUAUUUAUGGUAAUACUUUGAAAAGAUGUCGGCAUUCUUUAUCAUUUCAAUGAUAAACUCCAGCAAAAAUGCAAAUAAUAUGUGCUCAGAUUUUAUGGAGACCCCUUCACAUGCGAGUUACAGAUUUACUAAAAUAAUAUUAUCAAUGUAGUCACUUUAUCAUGGUUUAACACUUUUUGAAAAGAUUUUUAUGUUUACAGGUGGCACACGGUCACUAUUUUGCACAAGCAUGUUUCUGUUGCACCUCUUUUUGUGGGUUUGGGAUUUUAAUUGGUAAAUCAGACUUUUAGAUAGUUUCAUAUCCGGUUUUGGGCUAAAUAUGGUUUUUAAAUUUCUUGUAAAUCAAAAUUUUAAUUGUUUUUUUCUUUUAGUUAUUAUUAAAGUUUUCACAAUAACCAAUAAGAUUUAAAAUCUCCUUUUUCCGUUGGUUUUGACUGUUGACAGCACGUUGUGGAAGCCUUUUAGGAGUUUAGUAAAGCUUUGAAUCUUCUCAGGUUCUCUGAACAAGUUAAGCUUGAUGGAAUGGAAGAACUUUGUCCUGUAAACGAUAAGGGUUACUUUUACCUGCAGAUGUCAUUAUACAAAUGUAUAUAAACAGUAUAUCGCCAUAUGCUUGUUAAUCUGUAUUUCCUCUUGCUUCUAAAUUGCUUCCACAAUUGUGAUACUGCCACCACCGUGCUUCAUUGUAUAAUACUUUUGUCUAGCAGCUACCUUCACAUUCUGGAUAAUGUGCUGUUUUUUCCCCAAAAAAUAUUUUUUCAAGAGUUUUGCAAGUGAUUUUUAUUUAGUAAUGUCCACAUAUUUUAACUGUUAACUCUAUAAGUUGGUUUUUAUUCAUUUCUGAACACUUGAGGUGUUUGAAAUGGCUUUUUGUUUUUUGUUUUCUUUUUUUUUAGUCUGUUCAGGCGCCUGUUUGCUUCAUCACAAAGUGUUGGUUAUGAAAUCUUGUCGUUGCUGGUUUACCUCUCUGAAUUGCAUUCAGUCAAUUCUCUUAAUUUCGUUUGUGUUUGAAUUCUACAUGCACAUCCUGAAAUUAUCACUAAGUGUUCAGUAAAUGUUUCUAAAUGAUCCAAAAGGACACAGAUGCAUUAUCAGGACCUCCUUCAAAGUGUGUGUGUUGGAAAGUAUCAAUACUUUCCUAGGGUCAAAUUUUGUUUGCGUUGCUCUGAAAAAGUGUGGCAUGCAUUCACAGCAAACAGAAGAGGAAUUUAAAAAAGUCAUGUUGUUCAGUUUUUUUUUUUAUUGUUAUUUUUCUGAAUGCCAGUAAAGAGAAAACUAUUGAGUUUUGCUCUUCCAUUUUAUCACGAUUCAUGACUUAUUUUACACCUUAGUGAAAGAAUGAGGUUUGUUUACUUGAAUUGAACUUCCGGCUCAAUUUUUACUGCCAGUCAAAUAUGAAUGCAUGUAUUUCAUGUGAUUUUGUUUCUAUGAAUCUUCAAAAAUAAAAAAAUGAAUUAGG